AGGUGAAAGUGAAAGGAGUUUAGCUUGAUGUGCCCGAGUUCCUCUAAAGCAGAAGAUCAAGAAAAUUCCUUAAUAGAAGCCUCAAAGUCUGAAUCUAUAAGAAGAUAUAAAGAUGUCAACUUCAGGUGGUUCCUCAUGGUUCUGGAAUCUUGGGGGAAUCUGGGGGAAAUCUGAAGAGUCAGGGGGUGCCUCUGCAUUUAGGACUGAAAACACAAAUAUAAAGUGUUUGGUUUAUACAACUGGAAAAACACUGGAUUCCCACAAGUACUUCAUAGAUUGUCUUAAAAAACAAGUUCACCUGCAGGAGGUGUCUACAGAGGAUGAGUGUGAUUUCAUUCUGUGUUUCUGCCCGAUUGUGUCACAACCUAGCACUGACAUUGAAGCAGCAAUGAAAAAGCUGCACAAUAUUCCAGACACCAAGCCUGUAGUCCUGGUGGUGCUCCAUCACACGUUUAAUCCAGAGUAUGAUGUACGAGACAGCAACAGAUCUGUAAACAGAGAGAAUAUGAUCACAGUCGACUGUCUGUUCUAUGAAGAUUCUGGAUUACUGCAGUGUCAGAAGAAUAAUGAAGCACUGAACAAAACUUCACAGUAUCUGAAGAAAAAACUACAUAUAAAACUGAAAGGACAAGUGGAAGGUGAAAGGUCAGAGCUGGAGCUGAACACCAGUACAAAUCAACUGGAGACACUGGGUCAGGAGCAGCAGGACAAGAAGAGACAACUAGAGGAGAAAACUGAGUUAUCAGAAACAAAUAAAAACCUUGAAGAGAAAGAGAGUCUUCUAACUGAGAGAGAGACACAGCUAAUAGAAAGAGACAAACAGCUUCAGGAGAAAGACGGACUUCUAGAGGAGAAAACAAAGCAGCUGCAGGAACAAACAGAUCCAGAAUCAUCAGCCCCCAUCAGGAGAAGAAACAGCAAGGAAGUGUUUCCUCCAAAUAUGAGUGGAGAGACUCAGGACUCAGCACCAAUCAGGAGAAGAAACAGUAUGGAGGGAAAUUGUCCAACAAGGGGUGCAUCUGCAUUAAAGACUAAAGAGCCAUAUAUAAAGUUUUGGCUUUUUGUAUCUGGAAGAACACUGAAUUCCCACAAGCACUUCAUAGCUCAUCUUAAAAAACAAGUUCCCCUGCAGGAGGUGUCUACAGAGGAUGAGUGUGAUUUCAUUCUGGGUUUCUGCCCGACUGUGUCACGAUCUGGAACUGACAUUGAAGCAGCAAUGAAAAAGCUGCACAAUAUUCCAGACACCAAGCCUGUAGUCCUGGUGGUGCUCCAUCACACGUUUAAUCCAGAGUGUGUUGUACCAGACAGCAGCAGAUCUGUAAACAGAGAGAAUAUGAUCACAGUCGACUGUCUGUUCCAUGAAGAUUCUGGAUUACUGCAGUGUCAGAAGAAUAAUGACUCACUGGCUGAAACUUUACAAUAUCUGGAGAAAAAACUACAUAUAAAACUGAUAGGACAAGUGGAAGGUGAAAGGUCAGUCAAUUAUUCUAACACAGAUAAAGAGCUGGAAACCAGUACAAAUCAACUGGAGAAACUGGGACAGGAGCUGAAGGACAAGCAGAGACAACUACAGGAGAUGAUGAUUGUAGUGAAACAACAGAAAACUGAUUUAGCAGAAAAAAACAAAGAGCUUAAAGAGAAAGAGAGUCUUCUAACUGAGAGAGACACACAGCUAAUGGAAAGAGACAAACAGCUUCAGGAGAAAGACAGACUUCUGACAGAAAAUACACAAACACUUAUAAUAAAGGACGAGACACUGGAAGAGAAAGAGAAACAGGUCAAAGAAGUAAGAGAAGAAUUGGAAAAAACAAAGAGGAUGUUAGAAAAAAAUCAGACACAUUUGGAAAACAAAGAGAAACAACUGGAGAGUGUGGUGAAAGAACUGGAAACCAGUAAAAACAAACUAAUAGAAAAAGAUGAACAGCUUCAGGAGAAAGACAGACUUCCGACAGAAAAUACACAAACACUGCAGAUGAAAGACGAGACACUGGAAGAGAAGGAGACACUGCUCAAACAGACAAGAGCUGAACUGGACAAAACAAUGAAGGAUUUAGAAGACAGUCAGAGACACAUGGAGGAGAAAAACACACAACUAGAGGAUCUGAACAAACUGCUGAGGGAGAAAGAAACAGAGCUGAAGAACACAGAUAAACAGCUGGAAACCAGUACAAAUCAACUGGAGACACUGGGACAGGAGCUGCAGGACAAUCAGAGACAAAUACAGGAGAUGAUGAUUAUAGUGGAGCAACAGAAAACUGAUUUAGCAGAAAAAAACAAAGAGCUUGAAGAGAAAGAGAGUCUUCUAACUGAGAGAGAGACACAGCUAAUGGAAAGAGACAAACAGCUUCAGGAGAAAGACAGACUUCUAGAGGAGAAAACAAAGCAGCUGCAGGAACAAACAGAUCCAGAAUCAUCAGCCCCCAUCAGGAGAAGACACAGCAAGAAAGUGUUUCCUCCAAAUAUGAGUGGAGAGACUCAGGACUCAGCACCAAUCAGGAAAAACAACAGUAUGGAGGGAAAGCAUCCAACAAUGGUUGGAGAAUUAUCUAUUCCAUAUUAUCCAGCAACAGUUACUGUAGCAGAACUGAGGCUGGUGCUGCUGGGGAGGAUGAGGGCUGGGAAGAGUACAACAGGAAACACCAUCCUUGGUAGAGAGGAGAAGAACCAGGCUGCUACAUCUACAGCUACAUCUACAGUCACCCAGCAGAGUGAGAGCACACAGGGGGAGGUGACUGGGAGGAAGGUGACUGUGGUGGACACUCCUGACUGGUUCUGUCCUGAACUCUCUCUGGAGAAGCUGAGACAGGACGUGGGACACUGUGUCCAUCUGUCUGCUCCAGGACCCCAUGCCUUCCUCCUGGUCAUACCUGUAAUGCAGCCUACAGGAGAGGAGAGAGGGAUGCUGGAGAAAAUGGAGGAGAUCUUUGGAGAGAGAUGUUGGAGAAACACCAUGAUCAUAUUCAGUGUUACUGAUGAACUUCAGAAGAAGAACAUUGAGGAGUUUAUCCAGUCAGGAGACCAGGAGGUCCAGAGACUUGUAGAGAAAUGUGGGAACAGGUUUCACUGUCUCAACAUUAAGGAGAGUGGAGAUGGUUCUCAGGUCUCAGAACUGCUGGAGAAGAUAGAGAAGAUGGUGGAAGGAAGUAGAGAGAAAUUCUACAGCAGUGAGAUCUACCUGGAGACAGAAUCUCAGAUUAGAGCCAUGGAGACAAAGAUCCUGAAGGAAAGAGAAGAGAAAAAAAAGAGAGAGGAGAUGGACAUAAAAGAAACAAUAAAGAAGGAGGUGCAGGAUUCUCUGAGAAAGAUAGAGGGAGUGAUCCAGAAGCAUGAAGGAGACAUCAGACAACUUGAUGACCGAACAACUGAACUGGAGAGAAAGAUGAAAGAAGAGAGGGAUGAAGAGAAAAAGAAAGAACUUGAGAAGAAGCUAAAACAAGAGGUAGAGCAAAGGACAGAAAUGUAAGAGAAGGUGAAGAAACUAAAACAUAAGAGAGAGAGGGAGAGGAGAGAGAUGGAGGAGAGACACAAACAGGAGACUGAAAAGAUCAGGGAGGUGUAUGAAGGAGAGGCCAUGAUGGAGGCAGAGAGAAAGCUCAUGAAACUCAUCCUGCCUGAACUCCAGAAAUAUUUUGUCCUCAAAAACAAAGAUGCAGGAAGAUUUCAGCAGACAGAUGGAGGAGAAGGACAGAGAGCUGGAGAUUCUUAAACAGAAACUUUCAGAGUAA